CGCAAAGAAAAAAUUCAGUCUCAAAUCUGCUGAGUUUUAACUUUGCAAACGAGAGAAUAAAUUAUAUAUUUUGUGCGUUCUGAGAAAUAACAGCGAAUUAAUCUUAACUUGAAACUGUGUAAAGUGAAACAACACACUUUACGAAGUUACCUACCUACGUUAAGUUUAUAAACUACCUACUCAUAUUAUAUCAUCUAAAUGUAAACUUCCAUGUGUUUACUGUUUAGAUAUAUUAUUUGUUUUUUUAACGUGAUGAAUAUUUAAAUAAAUAUGCCGCCAAAGAAAAAGCUGGUGAAUGCAGCGAGCCCAACGCCACAAGUGAAAAAGAAGAUUGUACGACCUAGUCGGAAAUCUUUAAGAAACUCAAAUGCUUCGGAGAUUGCGAACGAUACUGUAGUUAAAGAGCCGCAGAAGAAUCAGACAACAAUAAUUAAAAAAAAGGGAAGACCACCAUCUAAAUUGAAUAAAGAAAUCAAAAUUGCACUUGCCAAUGAGGUAGUCCGAGCGCAAUUUCAAAAGCAAAACGACAUUCGGCAAAUUGCAAUUACUUCCAAACUUGUUGCUAAGAAGCCGAUACUUAAACGAAAGUAUCAGACUAAAAAGAAUAUAAUUAAAAAUGGAGUUGUGCCACAAGAGACGGCGGAUAACUCUAACAAGGAAGAUGUUAUCAGUCCGGAAAGAAAGAAGCCGAGAAUUGUGAGGAAAAACUCUAGCGCAAAAAUUGCUAUCACCGUGGAUAAUAGUCAAGUUACAGAUAAUGUAAAACCUACAAACAAUUUAAAACCAACGAGAAGAAGGUUGUCGUUAAACCGCAAAAAUAUGCUUCAAGGCUUGGUCAGGACUGUGGUCAAUGAUUACAUUCCUGAGUCUAGUCAAAACACAGAAACUCUAAUACAAGAACCCCCAAAUCAAGCACAAAAUGUGGAAAAAACAGAAGUCGAAAAAUCAUCCAAAAUUAAUGGAGAUACAAAUAAGGAAAAUCAGGAAAGCAAUUCAAGAAGAAGCUCUCUCAUCAGCUCAUCAGAAUUCUCUUGGACCAAAGAUAUAUCGAACUCCAGUACUACAACAUGUGUCACUGUGAUGUCCAAUGAUUUCUUCCGUAUCGAUAAUAAAAUACCGUUUAUAAAACUAACCAAAAUAAGUGAUCUGAAAAAAGAAGAAUCGUCUGAAAGUUCCGAUUCCUCAUCCGAAAGUGACUCUAGUAGUAGUGAUAAACAAACAGAUGUAGAGAUUUGUUCUAACGCAUUAAACCUCAGUACCUCGUCGUCUUGCAACGAAUCUGUAGCCAAUAAAACAGUAGACAGUAGGUCCGUUUACGACAAAAUGAGUGACGUGUUGAAAACUUUUAAUCCAGAACAGUGUGAUUGGACUAGUGGCAGUGAUGAAACCCAGGACACUGAUAAAUUUAAAGAACACCUAGCUAAAGAAAACGUGUUCGAAGUGGAACUGAUGCUCCUAUCACUCUGGUUAGAUAUAACGAACCUAGAAUCAGAAGACAGUAAUGCAAAUGAUGUAACAAAUGAGAUUUCUCAUAACAAUACUUGUGAUACAGAAUCUAUAAAACCACACGAAAUAUGUGAUGAAAACUCUUCUAAUAUGAAUAAACCUCAGGUGUCUACAGAGAGAAUUCUGAAGAACAGACAUUCAGUCGAUGAGGAAGAUGAUGUUGAUGACGCUUUGUCGCUGUUCGCCGAGAGCAUUCUCGAUGUCGAGUCAAAUCGCAGGAGCAGUGUGUACGCUCACCCGCCGGAACCGGAACCGGAAGUGGAUGAAUAUGUACCGCAACCGCUCGUACCUGUUACAUUUAAGAAACCGAAACCAGUAUCAUACAAUCCGACUAAAAUUAUUUCAGAACUCAGUAAAAAAACAAAUCAAUUGAACAUUUGCGAGAAACAAAGCGCCGAUUCGACAUCUUUACGAAAUAAUAAUGAUUGUACCCCGAUCGUCAAUAAUUUUGAAACUAGUUCUGAGUCGAGUAGAUCGGAUAAUGAUGAGCCAAGAAAAUUACCGACGCCAAACUUCUUUACGCCGGCUAAACCGUGCUUCAUGCAAAAACCGUACCACCCAACCGAACUCGUUAAGAGUACGUUGCUUCGCGGUACUUGCGUGUUCAACUUAAUAGAAAAUUGCAAGAAUGCUGAAAACUGCAAUUUCCCACAUAAUUAUCCUGAUGCAAAGGUCAUUGCAAAUAGGAUGGAACGCUUAGCCGAUGACGACUUCAUGCAGGAGUACAUUAUGUUCAGAAGUUUUAUUCAAUUGAGACGUAUGUACGGUUUGUGCUUCAUCGACGCGUGCGUGAGGCGCAACCUCACCAGGUGUCUUGUGGAAAUGUCGAUCGAUUUCGUGCUGAAAUCGAACGACGCGGUCGUAAAAGACGUCAGGUUGAAAACCGAAGCAUUGGAAAGGACUUUACUGUACCUGAAUUACGUGGACUUGCCGCAGUGCGAGGAUCUGCUGAAGUGGAAAGUGAGGCCGGGCGUGUUGUUGUGCGACGUGUUCCUGCAAGUGAUCGGACAGUCGCAGAACUUUAAUAGGUUCCGAACGGUGUUCAUAAAGUUGACGAUGUUCAUGUGUCGUAUAGAUAGGACGUUUGAUAGUGAAGUGGCCGGGCAGGUUCUGGAGCGAGUGUGUAUUCUGCCGUACGAGUUGGGCCUCAAUCGGACGUUGCUUGAGAUCCUGAAGAAGACUGACCCGAUAGUGUUUUCUAAUUCAAUGUGCGAAAUGUUGGAGAGUCGCUUGUUGAGCACGAACAAGAUGUUGUACGACGAUUUCAUCAGGCUGAAGCAGAUGAAGACGAGCGAAGUCGGCCAGAGUAACGUGCUGGAGCAGAGCAUACGGUGCUCGCCGGAUACAACCAACUAUGAUAAUAUGAACAAAAUGCAAGAAGAAUUCACUCGGGCUACGGAGCUGAACAUGACCUCCCACAAUAAGUUCAACAAGAGAAACAAGAGAAAUUUCAGAAGUCGUUGGGGCCCCAUGUCCCGCGGCGCCAGAGGGAACGGAUUUGUUAAGAGGCCUCCGUUGAAAACACACUUAAAUGGUUUUCAUGGUCCGCUAUUUCCCGCCAGUCAAAACCCCGGCCACAUAUUGAGUAAUAUGAAUAAGAAAAAGUGAUAUCUGCA